GUUGGAAGGGGAACCUGUGCGAGCGGUCUCUGGCCUCGGCGGCGGCCCUCCUGGUCCUGGGUCCCUGCGCGGCGCUGGCCGUCUACUUCCUGCUGCUGCAGACCUUCGUGCUGCGCCUCGAGCUCCUGCUCAACGCCGUGCUCCUCUGCUUCUACGCCCUCGAGCUCCUGCUCGGGUUGGUCUCCGUGUCGACCUUCUCCAGGUCCAGAGUGUACUGACGGAGGAGGAGGCUCGACUUCACCUCGAAACAGAGGACAGAGUGUCCC